AUGAAGAAGUUAAUGAUUAAAGAGAUUCUUAUUAUGGGGGAAUUUCCUAAUGUUUUUCUUAAAAAUCUACCUAGUUUAUCUCCUAAUAGGGAAAUUGAUUUCUCUAUUGAUUUGGUUCCAAGAACUGGCUCGAUUUCUAAAGCUCCUUAUAGAAUGGCUCUUAUAGAAUUAAAAGAGUUGAAAGAGCAGUUGCAAAAACUUCUUGAUAAGGGCUUUAUUAGACCUAGUGUAUCUACUUGGGGAGCGCCAUUGUUAUUUGUGAAGAAAAAGGAUGGGAGUGUGAGGUUGUGCAUUGAUUAUCGGGAGUUAAAUAAGGCAACCAUGAAGAAUAGGUAUCCUUUGCCUCGAAUAGAUGAUUUAUUUGAUCAACUAAAGGGCGCUCAAGUGUUUUCCAAAAUUAAUCUUCAAUCUGGUUAUCACCAAUUGAAGGUGAGAAUUGAGGAUGUUCCCAAAACUGCUUUUUGUACCCGAUAUGGGCAUUAUGAGUUCCUUGAUAUGCCUUUUGAGUUGACAAAUGCUCCGGCUACUUUUUUGGACUUGAUGAAUAGGGUUUAUAAACCUUAUUUGGAUAAGUUUGUGGUUGUUUUUAUUGAUGAUAUUCUAGUGUAUUCCUCUAACUCAGCAGAUCAUAAAGAGCAUCUAAGGGUUGUUUUGAAGACUUUGAGGCAGAAACAGUUAUUUGCUAAAUUGAAGAAAUGUGAAUUUUGGCUUUCUAGUGUUGCUUUCCUUGGGCAUGUGGUGUCGAAAGAUGGGAUUUCGAUGGAUUCAAAGAAAGUUGAAGCAGUGGUGAAUUGA